UGAGCAGGGGGAGAGCAAUUGGUCCUAUCCAUCCCCAGCACAGCAUUCCUCCAGUGGCUGUUGCUGGUGUCUAUCUUACGUUUCUUUUUUUCCCUUCUUUUUUUAAGGUUGGGAGCCCUUUGGGGAUUGGGAGCCAUUUAAUUCAUGUAUUUAUAUCUAUGUAAACCACUUUGGGAACUUCUGUUGAAAAGCGGUAUAUAAAUAUUCAUCGUAGUCAUAGUAUGUAAUAUUAUCCAAAUACAUAAAAUCUUAUACAAGUAUUUCUACUUCAGUCCUCAGUAAUUUUGCUUUGAAGUAUAUCCUGUAGAUUUCAGUGGAACUUACUGUGCUUGCUUCAACUCAUGUUUUCUGCAUAUGUGCAUCUAGAUGGUGUCUGGGGCAGGGAUCCCAAUGUUCCCUCUAAGGCGUGCACAUGCACAAGUUUUUAAAUGUCUGCUCAAUUAAUUUUAGACCCCACUCAGAUUGAAUCAGGAAGGUCUCAUUCUGAAUAUACACUGCCUUCAUACUGCCAUCCAGAACAAAACUCAUUCUGUGCACAGAUGAAAAAAAUUACAACACUGACACCAGAUAAUUUCUGGGGAAUUGCUCUUUUAGGCUGGAGGGAUUCCUGGAUUCCAGAGGAACCCUUCCCUUCUGCAGCCAAAGUGAACUAAGCUGUGUUCCAAAAAGGUUCAUCCUUGGGAAUCGGUUGUUUAAUAUUAAACCAUUUAGCUUGCUUAUGGUGCCUAAAUACAGAAGGAUGUUUACUCUGGUGUGCUUCGAUGCCCUCCUGUCAGCAGUGCUGGAGAGUACAUUCAAGAAGAUUCCUUACAUCAGGCAAUUAUGCCUCUGUGGAGUUGGAGCAGUAGAAUCAAUGGCAUACAUUUUAUUAUACGGCAUUUUUAAUAGAGAUACUCUUUAUUUCUUUUAUUGCCCCUCCACGAAAUUUUCCGGGCCAUUCUGAUGAUGUUUAUGUCCAUUUUCUACUCUGAUCAGGAUUCCAAUGUCUUGUCUAAACUGGCUACAUUUUGUGUGGUAGCUAAUAGAAUUAGACAGAUGUUAGUAUCUAGCUUAAUAAUUGUUUGUUAGGCUUAAUAGGUACAGUUUAUAAUGGAUUUAUGUAUGUUUAUAAUGCAGAAUUUUUGGUGGUUGUUAAAUUAUUUCCUGUCUUUUUUUUUUCUUUUUCUUUUUUUUUGCUGGUCAGAGACCGAAAUAAAGUUUGAUUGAUUGAUUCUACAGCCAACUCUGACCAGCCAAGGAAGCCCACAGCUAUCCAUCUGGUAGAGUGAGCCCAGGUUAACUAACACAAAAUCAAAAGGACAAAUUGAAAGAGACUCCGGUGAGCAUGGAAGAGACUGUGGGCUCUGAGAAUUCAGCCUUCCUUUCCUCAUGGGACUGGAAGAACAACACAGGGACUUUGGAGCUCAGCCAGAGUUUAUCCCCUCAGAGCCUGUCUCCAUCACCUUCCUUUGAAUCUUACUCCUCUUCCCCUUGUCCAGUUGUGGUAGAGAUGCCCUGUGCCAACAGCAGUGGCGGCAGCAGCAGCAGGUUGAGUGACUACACCCUGAUGGAGUUUCCUUCCAUGUUUCUACCGAACCCAGGACAGGGCAAGGGUCAGAAAGGAUCCAAAGUCAGGAUGUCAGUCCAGCGCAGGAGAAAAGCCAGUGAAAGAGAGAAGCUGAGGAUGAGGACCCUGGCUGAAGCUCUGCACACUCUGCGCAACUACCUGCCUCCGAUCUACAGCCAAAGAGGCCAGCCUCUCACCAAGAUACAGACACUGAAAUACACCAUCAAGUACAUCAGCGAACUCACGGACCUGCUGAAGAGCGUCAAACAAGUACAGAUGCCUUAAACACCACUGGAGGUUUUCCUAACAGGGAAGUACCAGGCUUUCAGAAAAAAUUAAAGCAACAACACAAACUAACUGUUGUCAGGACAAACAUGGAUCUACCCCAAAGAAGAUUUUGCUGUACAAGCAAGCUAUUCUAAGGGGAUAUCUAUAACUGAAUAGUGACAGAGUUAAAGAGGCUGUUGGUUGUUUACUGGGGUGUGGCAAAGCAAGAAUACAUCAGAUUGGCUGAGUCAGAGACCAUGGCUACAAUAUUGAUUCUGACAAGAUGUAUCAUGAUUGUGCUUGGUCAUCUUUUUGACUAUUAUUAACAGCUGACUAGAUUUUACUGUCUGGUAAUGGGUCUGUUUUUUUAUUUUAAAACAAAACAAAAAAACCCACCCUGUAUUGUUUUUAAUUAUGUGUUUUGGUUGGUAGGCACUUUAAUAGUAGCAGAAGAAAGAAAAUGUGUAUGCUUAGUUGAAGGAUUUCUUCUUUAUUCAUAUUCUGAAAUAGCUGCAGUGGUGGUGGGGCAGGGAGAAGUCUUUGAUUGGAAGUGAAAUAAAAAGGUGCUUUCAUUUGUGUUAUUUUUGUUAUAUCCCUGCUUUAAAAGGGAUCAGAUUCAUGAUAAUAAUUGGAUAAUAAUUAUAUUAUUAUUUCUAUUUAGAAACUAUUCUUCUGUUGUUGAAUGUCACAAAAUAGGCCCCAAAGAGUUAUCCUCAGAAUAUACAAUAUAAUGCUUUGGGCUCAUUUCAUCCUGAAAGCAUUCGUAAACAGGGAACUGCUUUUUGAUUGGCCAUUGGACACUGUUCCAAUGCCAAAAUGCAGUAAAGAAACAAGGAAGAGCUGAUCUGGAUAUUGAUUUUUAAGCAUGAAUCAUGAUACAAGAAGAAUAUGCACAACGCACUUAAAAUUAGAACACAGGCCAGCAAAAUGUAGAUGCAGCAAAGUCCCUUGAAAGCAAUGUUGAGGGACUAAAAGUCCAAUUCUAUGCAUGUUUACUUUUAAGCAAGUCCCACUGUGUUCAAUGGGGCUUACCUCUAGGACAGUGUACAUAAGCUUGCAGCCUUAGUUAUAACUAAAUGAAGUUCUAUUGAUUUUAAUGGGAGUUAGUAAUAUCUAACUUCUAUUGGAUUAUGCCCACCAAGCUACGUACAAAUCAUCCUCAUGUGGACCAUGUGGGCACAAAAGAUCUGUAUGGGCUGUUUCAAACCUAAUUUCUGCAUGCCAAAGUACUUCUGUGUAGGAAAUAGUGUGCAAUCCAUGUCUUGAUAUUCACAUGUAAUGAUUAUACACAUUUUUCCAUAUUAUAGAGACAAAUAAUGGCUUCCCAGUGUAGAAACAUGCAGCAUUAUUUCUUGUUGGUUUAUUUGACAACCUACAUCUGGGUUGCAUACCAUUUCUAUUCUAUUCCUAUUCACACGAUACUGUUCCUACAUAAGUAUUUCCUGAAUAAGACUUGUGACCUGUUUGAAGCAAUUCUGUGUAUCUCUGAUACUUUAUCAGCAUGUAGCACAUGU